AAGUCUGCUUCGAGCAAUAGAAUCCGGGUGGGAUCUGUCAGUUGGUUCUCAGGUCUCUAUUUGGAAUUCCGUCGCCUUCUACGGCCCUUCAUUCCCUCCUGAUCCAAGCUCGCCUCGUUUCGCGUCGUCGAUUUGGCGAAGGUUCCUGGGCUUCCUUACAUUCUAGGCCACUCACACCGAAACUCAAGCACUCACUCGUUGCUGUACUAGUACGAUCACUGAAAUUCACAACCAGAAAAUUGCUUGACACAUUCCGCCUGUCUUCCUCCACUCCACUCCUGCUAUCGCAUGGGCCUUGUCAGCUUCGCCAAGCGCUGUCUGCUGCAGCUGCUGCUCUCCCUCGCCAUAUUCUUCAUCCCCAUCGUGUGGGCCACCGCCUCCGACCAUUCUCUCUUCUCUCUCGGCGUCUCCCUCGCCGUCUCUGCUCUCUGCUACCUGCUGCUGCCUUGGGACCUUAUCCCCAACUGGCUGCCGUUGAUUGGCUGGAUUGAUAACUUCGUUGCGCUGCUUGUGCUUAUCGGCGGAGGGCUUCUGGCUGGAGCUGGGCUGGCUGUGUCCAUGGAGGAUUGAUGUGAGCAACUGGUGGAACUGGUAGUGUGUAAGGCUUCUCUUGAUGGAGUUUAAUUUAAAAGUGAUAUACCGAUAGUGUUUCUUAAAUGCGCCACUAGGGCAAGUCCCUAAAAUGC